AUGAAGACACCAGCAGAUGAGGUUGGGAUGAAGACACCAGCAAAGAAGGUUACCGACAUCGACGACCUCUUAAUAGAAAUCCUCCAACGAUUACCUACAAAGACUCUAUUACAGUUCAAACUCGUUUCGAAACAAUGGUUGUCAAUUAUAUCCAGCUCCGAUUUCAGCAUUUUUCACACUCGCUUCGUUCUCAAUGAAGGCUCUCUCAAACCUUCAGUUCUCUUUCUCGAUGCCAUCUACAGAAAACCACCUACGAAGUUCGUGUUCCUUCCUUUGAACCGCGACACCAAACAACUUCCGCUCUUGGAUUUCAUGAAUGCCCCUUACAUCACAAUAAUCCAAUCUUGCAAUGGUUUGCUUCUUUGCACAUAUGAUUAUGAUAAUCAGAGUUAUUUUAUCUGUAACCCUGUUAUCAAGAAAUUCAAGAUGAUCUCUUGUCCGAUGCCUCCAAUGCUGGAAUAUCAUCUUGUUGGUGUUAAUCUUGCUUUCGACCCUCUCAAAUCACCUUGUUACAAGAUUAUUUCUAUUUGGCAGGAAGUUUUGCUUGACAAAGACGAGGAAAACAAUUGCUUAUGUCGUAUGACUUCUAAUUUUUCUAUGGACAUAUACUCAUCAGAGACAGAUUCUUGGAAUGUAUCGAAAAUCAAAUUCACUUCAGAGUGGGCUAUACAGUUCGACCAUGCUGUUUUCUUUAACGGUGCAAUCCAUUGGGAUAGUGUUGCUAAAGAGUCGCUAUACUUUGAUGUGGAGACUGAAUGCUUGAUGCCGAUGCCGAUGCCAAAGCCAAGUAGGCGGUACAGCGGUUCUCGAUAUUUUGGGGAGUCCGGAGGCCAUUUGCAUCUUGCUGUUGGACAAAAUCCUGGUUAUCGUUUAAUAUUUCGGAUUUACGAGAUGCUAGUGGAUUACUCGGAUUGGUUCAUCAAGUACCGUAUUGAUCUUGAAGCCGAAAUGCGAAGUAUCAACCUUAAACCUCCUUACUGCGAUUAUGAUAUUUUCUGUCUGGUUGUGCGCUCUGAUGAGGACAAAGGAGAUUCAAUGGUUGCAGUACUUCAGUGUGGAACAACACUAUAUUACAAUUUCAAGGAUAAGGAAAUGGAAGUACGGACAGAUGGCCCUAAGGCAAACGGAUAUCGAUACGAUAUUGCAAGGUUUCGGGGCUGUGAAUACUUUGAGACCCUCUCUUGUGUUUGA